GUUUGUUUACAUUUUUCACAGAGCAACGAACCGAAGUGAAGUUGGCAGCCCAACCGUAGAAGACGUGUUUCGUUCGUGCAACGUUUAGUUUUAUUUUAUUUUGCUCAGUCGCAACGUUGCUUGCCGUUUAGCUUUGUGCCGUUCGUCUGUGAUAAGCUGUAUCAUCGCAAAACAGAGAGCCCUUCGAUAUGAGACUGAUUGAGAAAGUGUUUAAUCCUACGGGCAAAAAGCAUGCCGGAACACUCAUAUUCUUCCACGGUUCGGGCGACACUGGCAGUGGUUUGACCGAAUGGAUACGCUUCCUGCUUGGCCGUGACAUGGAAUUCCCGCACAUUAAGGUGAUCAUCCCGACGGCACCGGUGCAACCGUACACUCCGAUGGGAGGAGAAAACUCGAACGUGUGGUUCAACCGGAAGCGCAUCGAAAUGGACUGUCCCGAGAUACGUACCUCGCUGGCCUCCAUAUACGACACCGUGAAUGAAAUGAUUGUCCGUGAGCUGGCCGCCGGUGUACCGCUGAAUCGGAUCGUGGUCGGCGGCUUCUCGAUGGGUGGUGCUCUGGCAAUGCACACCGGUUACCAUCUGAACCGAGACCUGGGUGGCGUAUUUGCCAUCUCCUCAUUCCUCAACACCGGCAGCAUCGUGUACGAUUCGCUGGACUGUAUUUCACCGGAAGAGCAGCUACCGGAACUGCUUAUGAUGCACGGCGAACGGGACACGCUCGUACCGCUCGAAUGGGGCCAAACAACGUUCGACGAGCUGGCAAAGCAGGGUGUGCGUGGACAGUUUGUUCCCCACCGUACCGCGCUACACGAAAUCAAGAAGGAUCAGCUACUGCGAGUUAUCGACUUUGUGCAAAAGAUCAUACCGGAACCGACGGACGAUGCGCCGGAACCGAGCAAGCCCGAUACGACCACCAAAUCUGCCAAAAGCAUAAAGAAAGGAAAGCUAUGAGAGUUGCACCGUUUGCAGCAGCAUCUUUUAACCAGUCAAAGCUAGACCGAUAAGAUAAAAACGUAACGUUUUGUUAUUUUGUUCGCGCUUAACAACCUUCAAGUGAAUAAUUAAGAGCCAAUGAUGAUGGUGCGAAACAUGCAUUCGGCAAAGAUAAGGAAGUGUUUUGCGACUGAGCAGAAAUUGGUUGUUCCUGCCCGAGAAGGAAGUAAACAAGCGGCUACCAUCGACGACGCACACUGUGGACGCUGAUCUGGUGGAUCUAAAAAUAAGGCCCAAAUCAAACGAAUCUGUUAAGCGUGGGUAUCGGGUGGUUACUAUUAUUAGUAUCCUCGUGGCGUUUCGUGAUGGUUUACGAGGCAGUUACAUUUUGUAAGCCGUUAGACAAACUGCAGCGUGCAAUAAAUCAGUGCAAGGUAUGAGGACACAUU